CGCGACGGCGGCCGCGGUUGUGGCCGAGCGGCUCCAGGUGUGACGCGGAUCCCGGUGUCCCGCCCAUCCCGGACCGACCGGCGGUGAGAGCCCUGCGGCGGGGCUGCUUCUUCCCCCGCGGGGUGCCCGGGGGCGGUGCCCGCGCGUGGCCCGCGGUGGCGGCGCGACCCCAGCCCGGCCCUGCCCGCGGGGGCUCUCUGGGCGCUGUGGCGGGCACGGCCGGGAGGGAAGGAGGGAAGUUAAGGGAUGUCUCCGGCUUCCCGCGGGGAUGAGGGCUGUGUUUUCUAAUCCCAGUACUGCUCUCUUCAGCGGACGUAACACAAAACUUAAAGACGCUUCUCGGUUCUGCGUGCGGGAGAAACCAGUUCAAGUUUGGCGCGGGGGGGAGCACGGAGCAACUCCCUCUGCUUUCGAGUAAUUGUGCCUUGGUAACCAUUAGUAAUCAAGUGAUGCAAUAUCACUUAGUUCACAUGGGCUUCAUCUCAGCUUACUGACCAGUUUUUUUAUUGCUUUCCAAGAUCUUCUUGGACGUCCAUCAAAUUUCACAUUUCGAAUUAUGGAGGGAGAACAGAUUAUGGAGGGACAGCCACAGGUUCUGGAAAAUCCUCAUUCUGAAUAUGGCCUCACUGAAAAUGUAGAGAGGAUAGUAGAAAAUGAGAAACUAAAUGCCGAGAAAACAUCAAAGCAGAAGGUGGAUCUUCAGUCAUUACCCACACGUGCCUACUUGGACCAGACAGUUGUACCUAUCUUGCUACAGGGACUUGCUGUUCUUGCAAAAGAGAGACCACCCAAUCCCAUUGAAUUUCUAGCAGCAUAUCUUUUAAAAAACAAGUCACAAUUUGAGGACCGAAAUUAACUCCAUAAAAAUGAGGACAGUUUGGCUGCUAGACUUGAAAUGCUUAUUUGCUGCAAUUUGUUUUCUGCUGUAAAAAUCCUUUAGCCAUGUUGUUGUCUUUCUUAACUGCACAAUUUGCUUUAUAUUUUGAGUUUAUUUAAUAAAGAACACAUUACAUUUAAUUGUUCUCUUGUUUUAAACUAGCUAUUAAGAGAUUUUCAAAAUAAAGUACUGAAACUGCA